CUAUGUUUCUCAGAGCCACUGUGAGAUUGUUAAUAGUCUUCUCCUUCCUCGUGAUCGUUCGUGGACAGCUUCAUCCCCAAGCUCCAGCAGAAUACAAGCGACUUCCUUCGUUACGCGAGCAAGCUGGAAUUCUCAACCGUUGGACAUCCGAGCGUAUAACUCGCAUUCCUUUACUCUUGCAAAAAUAUGGCAUCGAUGCUUGGCUGAUGUGUCAACGAGAACACGCAGAAGAUACUAUUUGGUGGUCGAUUAAGAAUGCAACUGCUUAUGACGUUCACAGGAGGACGGUUGUCCUGUUCCAUACCAAUACUUCAUCCUUACAAGGCCAGCCAAACCCUCUCGUGUGGGUCGACAAUACUGGUCAGGUCUGGACGGACUUGCGUAAACAACUAACGUCCUAUGACCCCAAAAGUAUUGCAUUAAACGUGGAUCAGAAUAUCGCGUUUAGCGGUGGUAUGCAUGUAGGAGAAAUGCGCGCCCUCGAAGAAGAAUUAGGGCCGAAAUGGAUGUCACGAACAGUAAACGUUCCAAUGCUUGCGAUCGAGUACGUCUCCGAUAAGGUAUCGGGCCAAAUUCAAUAUUACCGAGAUAUGCAAGAGGUUGUAUGGGCUAUGCUUGAAGAGGGUUUUUCCCAUAAGAUAGUUGAUCCAGGAGUCACGACGACAACUGACCUCGAAUGGUGGUUCAGAGAAAAGAUGCUAACCUUGAAUGUAACAACUUGGAACCAUCCUCGAAUAUUCAUCACAACGCCCGCUUCAAUGCCAGGAUGGGAAGGGUCCGAUGACAUCAUUCAAGAAGGGGACCUACUGCAUAUCGACAUGGGUAUAACUGCUUUGAGAAUGAACACCGAUACCCAGCACCUUGCCUAUGUCCUCCGCACCGACAAAGGUGAGACCGAUGCUCCCGAGGGUCUAAAAGCCGGCCUGAAGAAAGGAAACCGAAUGCAAGACAUCGUCCUUGAAAAUAUGAAAGCGGAUUUAACAGGCAAUGAGGUUCUCCGAAAGUGUCUUGAGCAAAUGAAGCUUGAGGCUAUCGAAGGACAGAUAUAUUCUCAUCCUAUCGGCGACUGGGGCCACGACGCAGGGGCGGUCAUAGGUUUUACCAAUCUCCCAGAACACGUACCUGUCCUGGGGGAGCUGCCUCUCCUUCCAAACACAUAUUAUAGUAUUGAACUCUUCGCCAUCCAUUUCGUUCCAGAACGGAACGAGACGUUGAGAUUCCUUCUUGAAGAGAAUGCCUAUUGGAAAGCGGAGACUGAGACAUGGGAGUUCGUUCGAGGUCGUCAAGAAAGAUUCCAUCUCAUCGACCAAAGGAAACGAGAAUCGACGAUGGUCUUCAAUGUUCAAUAAUGUACUGAAAGUGACCACUAAGGGAACUUGAUGAUGAUCAUUUGUACAAUCUACGAGAAUCCAUUAAUGAGUAAACCGAAAAAGGUGAAAAACAACAUGGCAUAAAGUAGAGGCAUAGAAAUAGGAUAUCGAUUAUGUGACUGUUCUUCCGUACAUGGCAAAAAAUAGUUCGACAUUAGAACAUGUUGGCAAGCUUGCUAGCGGCUUCUCGUGCAUCCAAUCGCGGGCGCGUCGGCUGCACGCGGACUGAAGCGGACAUGUACCCGGGCCUGGCUUGACCGAGAGGGUCAAGACCAUUAC